CCCGCAUGGCAUGGCGAUGCUGGCGAGGAUCAAACGGGACCAUGGAUCGAUGGACUCGAAACUUGUAAAAGCGGUGACGUGCGGUAUCAUAUCCGCUCGCACAAACCACGGUGCGGUCCCCCGACGUAUCGAUAGCGAGAUGGUCAACAUCCACUUUCGUCACCAGCAACAAGGAAAUGCGCUGCCCUGUCGUCCCCGUCCUUCCCUGAGGAUUCGGGGGGGCUUCCAAAUUCCCGCCAGUGCAUUCAUUACACACCCUCCGUGGCAUGACAGCAGGACCGACUGCGAUCCCGAUGUGAUGGCAGCCUGACCCCCGCCGCAAUGGAAACCCGCGCUUCCGGGGCGGGAAACAAAGCCCCAUCAGGGGCGAGAGGCGUGCGCGGCGUCGACAUGGUCGACAAUGCAAUCGUGACAGCAGAGGAUAAUGUGCGUGCAAACGGUAUUCGCUGGAUGCCACAGCCAUUGCCUGGGCUAGCAUGACAGGACAUGACGGCGACGGUGGGCAAGACUCGCACUCUCGGAGCCAACGCAUAACUGCAGACCGAGUCCAGUGCAAUAUACAUACAUACCUAC